AUUUCAUUGUCUUAUAGAAAUGUUGACGAUUUGUCUACCUAUAAUGUUUCCAUGCACGAAUAAUUUAAGACAUCCCUUUGGAUUCCUUUAAAUAAUAGUACGUACGCGGUUGUUAAACCUUAAGCUAAACGAAGUGUUAACCUUGGCCGUCCAUCAAGACAAUUCGUACGCAAGCGAAUAUCUUGGCCUUCUUUGGUUUAUGUCUAAGUCCAGUGAAAGGAAGCAAGAAGAAGAUUGAAGGCCUAGAGAAGCCUCAGCUCGUGAUAAUUAAUUACGCGUAAGUUCAAGUACUUUUGGUAUAUAAUGGUUGAUGAUGUCUCAUGAUGGUGAGAGCUGAGAAGUGCCCUGAAAGGAGUUGAUGUCUACUAAACUCCAUUCGUCGAAAAAUAAGAGUCGUGUUAAUUUGUAUUCAGAGUAUAGGGCAGCUAACUCUUGUUAAGAAGUAUUUACACACACAUGCAGGCCUCCCAAGCCAUCUCUUCAACCUCAAUGAGAUACAUAUCAGAAAAUGUUCAGUUCUCCAUAAUGCAGAACUCCAUUUUCCCACAACCUUCUCCCCAGCUUUAUGGAUUCGGAUUUGGUGAGGCAGUUUCUGAAAAUGUCCCUCUUCAAACAGAAGACGGCAUAUUGAAUGGAUAUGGAAGCAGCUUCUGCAUGGAUACAAGUCCGGAUCAUUUCCAAAACACCCUAAUUGGUGGGUUAUAUUCAGAUUCUCCUAUCUUCAACUACCAAUCAGGUCCAGGGCCGUCCUCAGCAAUGACCAUUAAGAGGCUAGACUGUGCUUCUUUUGAACCCAAUCAUUUUACUAACGAGGAGGCUAUAUCUACAACUGCCUACGACAGCAAACGAUCCAAUGUUAAAAAGGGCACUAAUAUUAUCCCUGGUCCAAAAAAGCGUCUGAUUGAGCAUGUAGAAAGAAGGCCUGAAAUUGUAGUUGGAAACAGGGCAUUUCAGGGUCAAAAUGAUCAUCAAUGGAGGAUAAAGAAAAGAAUGCCAAUGCCCGUCAAGGAGAAGACGCAAAUGCUUGGAGACCCAGUAAUUCAGAAGGAGAAUAAUAAAGAUGUCCAAAGACUAGACAAAGUUCCAGUUCCACAGAGGAGAAGCCAAAAAUUAGCUGACAAAAUCACAGCCCUUCAAAAGUUGGUGUCUCCUUAUGGCAAGACUGAUACAGCAUCCGUGCUUCAUGAGGCUUCUAUGUUCAUUAAGGUGCUUCAAGAUCAAAUCCAGAAUUCAUAUCACGCAAUAAGAAGUGCAUCAGUGGAGGAGGAAUAUGGAUCUCCUCAUUCCAAGAUAAUGGGAGACAGAAAAUCUGAUCUAAAGAGGAAAGGGUUUUGUUUGGUUCCAGUAUCGUUGACCAAGAAUAUUAUCAAGGAGGAUUCUUUCAAUUUCAAUUACCAUUUCUCCACGGCAGACAUUGAUCUGCUUCCACGUAACAAUUCGUCAACGCAUUUUUAGUUAGCUAAAUUCAUCACGAUUAGUUACUUCUUUCUUUCUUUUUUUUUUCUCUCUUUUUUUAAUUCCUAUCAACAUAUAGUCGUAGGUUUCUUCUAAAUUGUAUUUGCAACGUUAACAAAGUUUCAAGUGGCUGAACUGCUGCUGAAUGUUCAGCAUUAAGAAGAUUAUUAUUGUUGCCAAGAAUUAUGUAGCCACGUAUGCCUUUUCUAUUGAUUCAAUUCAACCGGAGAUUUAUGAAUUCAAUGUUACUAAGUUGGACAACAACCCAACAAAGAUAAUAUUCUCUUCGUUUCAUAAUAUCAGUCAUUUUAAGUUUAAAAAAUAUUUUAAAAUAUUCGUUUCUUUUUGUUUGCACGUAUAUUUGCAAAUUAUCACGAUAUUAUUAUUAGAACUGGUUGUUUUUUUUAAAAAUUCGCAUCUCUUUAGUUACAUUCAUG